AGUGGUGUUGAUGAUAUACUUUGACACCCUGGUAUUAGGGUGAGUGACAGCUAUCUAGUGUUCCCCACUUUGUAUGUGUUUUUUUUCCUUUCCACCUAAUCAUUUCCUUUUUAAGUUCUCUCUCAGUCAAAACUAACUUCUUCAACAACAACUCUGCUAAAUAAAAAUCUCAACAAGUUUUGUGAGGCUGAACCCUGUCCAUUACUUUUUUUUUGUUCUUGAAUCUUCUUAUCAUGGCUUCUGAUUCUCAAACCGCAACUGCAACUACAUCUGAAAAGCCAGUGGAGAACAAGGUGGACGAGGAGGCUAAGUUGAUGGAGAAAGAGAUUGUUUUGGAGGAUAAACCGGUUUCAGAUUCAAGCCUGGCUGUUACUAAGGAGGAGAACAUCAGUCAAACUCCUGCUGCAGACGUAAAGGAGGUUGCAGCAGUUGUGAAAGAAGAGGAAUCUACGGAGAAGGUGACAGAUGAAAAUGGUGAGAAGAAGGUAGCUGAACAAGUGGAAGUUAAAGAACCAAUUCUUGUGAAAGAGAGUGUUGAAGAAGUUAAGGUUGAAGCUGGUGAUGCAGAGAAAGGAAAAGAUGAAAAGGGUGAGGAGAAGAUAGCUGAAGAAGUGGAGCUUAAGGAGCCAACCCUUGUGAAAGAGAGUGUUGAAGAAGUUAAGGUUGAAGCUGGUGAUGCAGAGAAAGAAGAAGGGAAAGGAAAAGUUGAAAAUGGUGAGGAGAAGGUAGCUGAAGAAGUGGAAGUUAAAGAACCAGCCCUUGUGAAAGAGAGUGUUGAAGAAGUUAAGGUCGAAGCUGGUGAUGCAGAGAAAGAGGAAGGGAAAGGAAAAGAUGAAGAUGGUGAGGAGAAGGUAGCUGUACAAGUGGAGCUUAAGGAACCAGUACUUUUGAAAGAGAGUGUUGAAGAAGUUAAGGUUGAAGCUCUUGAUGUGGAGAAAGCAGAAGAGAAGGGAACCGUUGAAUGUGUAGCUGAAGAAGACAACAAAGAUAAGGAGGAGAGCAAGGUGCUUGAUGUUUCUGAAUCAGCCGGAGGCAAACAAGUUGAUGUUGUUCAACUUGUUAGAGAAGUACCUGAAGAGACUGUAGAAGACAAGAUCAAAGACGUUGAGGUUCUUGAAGUAGAGCCAAAGAUAGAAGCUUCUGAAAAAGUUGAAGUAGUGAAAACAACGGAAACAACACCUGAAACAACAGAACAAGCUAAGGAUGAGCUUGUGGGAAAGCUGGAGGAUACCAUUGUUGUUGAGACCAAAGACUCCAAGGAUGAACAGACUUCUGAAUCUGGUUCUAUUAUAAACCAAGAUUCAGACACUGCCCCCAAAAAGGAGACAGAUGGAGACGCUUCUUCUCCUGCUGAUGUCACUGAGAAGGCCAUCACCGAAGAGAAGCAUGUAGUGGAAGAACCAUCAAAGGAUGAACCAGAGAACGUAAGUGAAACAAAAGAUGUCGCCACUAAAGUAGCUACAGAAGAAGAAAACAUCAAGAAGGACACUGAAGAUGUCAAGAGUGAAGAGACUUUGAAAGAAACUGAAGGAAACAAACAAGAGGAAUCAGUCAAGGAGAAAGUACCAGAGGCUGUAGAAACAGCACCACCUGUUGUUAAAGAGAUCGAAGAGCCAGAAGUCACAACCAAAGAAGAAGUUGUUGUCAAGCAAAAAAGUUCAAACAGCAUCAUGUCAAAGGUGAAGAAGUCUCUUGUUAAGGCAAAGAAAGCAAUCAUUGGUAAAUCUCCAAGCUCUAAGACUAUCUCAACUCAAGAAGCCAAAGAAGACAUCAAAGCCAAGUGAUUAAAGUAAAGAGUCAUGGACUCCUUUAAAGUCUUUUCAGGUAUUUUUAAUUUAUUUUGUUGGUUUUUUGCUUCUUUGUGCUGGGGAAAAAGAACAGAACAUUCUUUUUAUUUUGUGUGGUUAUAACUUAUAUGUCUGUAAACCUACAAAGAUUUGGCUUUGUUGUUAUGGAUGUGUGUUUGAGAAAUUUAACAUUAUUGUAUUCAUCA